CUUUCCUUUUCCACUUAUUUGAUUUCCAGAAUGGGCAAACAGCUCUUAAUAUCGCUCAUAACUUGGGCUACGUAACCGCCGUUGAGACACUUAAAAUUGUAACGGAAAAAUCCUUAAUUAGUACCACAACCGGAAUUCUUGAGGAAAAAUACAAGGUUGUCGUACCAGAAUUUAUGCACGAAACGCUACUUUCUGAUUCCGACGACGAAGGCGGAGACGAAGUGUUGGAUCACAAUCAAUACAAAUACAUGGCGACCGACGAAUUAAAAGCUACCAAUGAUCAUGAUAACCAUAACUUUGACACAACUGAUCCAGAGAACGAUCAAUUGGAUGGACUAAUCGGUCGAAAUAUUGAAAAAGAAUUAACCAGAACAAAUGAAACAAUUUUAAAUAUAUCUCCAAUGCAACGACAGAUCGAUAAUGUGGCUAUAGUUCGGCCGCCAAUUCAUCUGGGGUAUGUACACAGUGUCCAUA